UUCAGCGGGCCUGGUGUCCAAAUGCUGUAAAUGUCUCAGACUGCUGUGCGGGUAGCAGCUUUGCUCUUCAGCCUCCUUCUGGCUGGGCAGGGCUUCUUCGCCCGACCACUAUGGCUGAGCUGGGUCGUUUUCCUGGCCGCCUACGUGCUUGUUGUGGGUGCCGUGGCGGCGGCGUGCGCCUGGCGCGCACAACUGCGCCGGGCCGCUUCCUUCAGCGUGGCGUCGGUGGUCUCUGUGCCGCAGGCCGAGCUGGCCAUCGACUGUGGUGCCAGCUUUGUGCUGGUCUGCGGGGGCGAGCCGUGCCGGGAUCUCUUGGGCGCACGCCUAGGCGCGCGCCUUGCCAGGUGCGGGGGGCGGGUGGCCUUCUUCUCCAGCGGCCACUUCAAGCGUGCCGCGGAUUUCCUCCCGAGCCCGAACCCCCACGCGCCGCGCUUCGGCGACGCCGGAGUGUCUGAGGCCGACUUGGUGGUGCUGCAGAAAGUCAUGGUGCUGGAUCGCGAGGCCCUUGACACCUUGAGCAACUUCACGACCUUCCUGCGUGCGACGCGACCAUCUCUGUUGGGACGGCCCAGCUGCGCACCCCCGGUGGACGUGGUGGUGGUGACCAGCGAGUACCAUGUGCCGCGAGUGCGCGCCCUCGCCUGGCCAAUGCUCGGGGCACAGGGCCUGUCCUUCCUCAUCUGCCCGUGCCCGGGCGACAACGAGAGCGAGGCGCGGUGGCGCCUGUGGCGUGACACGCUGCGCGCCGGGCUGUGGCUGGCGCUGGGCUUCGAGGGCGGCGCCCUGGCGGCGCUGCGGCACCGCGACCGGCGCCUGGAGCGAGAGGCUUUGCGGUGCCAGAAGGACAAGGAUGCCAAGGCGGCAUAGGACUCUACAGUGGUGGCAGCCUUGAGCAAGAAGCCUCAUGGCGCGUGCGCCGCGAGUGCGAACAGAC